AUGGUGGCCGAAAGCAAUGAACAUGAUUGUCCAACAGCCAAUUGUCUUGCCAAAAAGCAAGGAACUAUUAUCCCUCCCCAACCAACCCAACGAGAUACACCCCAUGUACCCAAAGCUUUGCCUGCUGAUAUGCCACUUGUCGGGAUCAGCUCAAAAAGCAGGGUUUUUCGGACACAACUUCAAGAGUCAUCCAAAACUCUUGGCGACCAGGGACAAAAAAGCAAUAUGCUUGCCACAUUAAGAGAUGGAUAUGCUACUGUAGUAAAAGGGAUAUUAAUCCCAUUUGUCCUGAUGUGAGAGAUUGUAUUAAUUUUCUCGCAGAACUUCUGGACUCGUGUGUCGGGUACAGUUCCAUCAACACUGCACGAUGUGCACUUUCAUCAAUAACGAACAUGUCUGCUCAUUUUAGCUUUGGUACACACCCUCUAAUGGCCAGGUUCCUGAAAGGAGUUUUCAAGUCUGCCAAGAUACCAAAAUAUAUGGGACAUGAGCAUUGUCUUAAAUCACCUUAAACGGUCUAAAAUUGCCAAAGAACUGUCACUGAAAGACUUAACUCUAAAGCUUGUCAUGCUAAUGGCACUUUUGUCUGGGCAGCGAUGCCAGACUCUGCAAUCAUUAAGUAUUGACAGCAUGAAACUUGGUGAUGAUGAGUGUGUUUUCCACAUUAACAAACUACUUGAAACCACGAAACCUGGUUCCAAACCACUAAAACUGCAUGUGCUUUAAGGCUUUUCCUCUGGACAAACAAUUAUGUAUCCUACAUCACCUGUUGGAAUAUAUACAACGCACAAAGGUAAUCAGGGAAAACACAAGCUCCUUGUGGCUCACCAAAAGCCCCACAAAGCGGUCUCAACAGAUACCAUAGCGAGGUGGAUAAAAACUGUCUUACAACAGGCAAAAAUUGACAUUUCAGUAUUUAAAGCUCAUAGCAUUAGAGCUGCCGCCACAUCAGCGGCAAACCUAAAUCAGGUACCUAUAGACAUUAUCAUGCUGGUUGGUCAAGUGAAAAUACCUUCGCAAAGUUCUACAAGAAGCCCACCGUUGACCAGGACACCAAUUUUGGUGAAACUUUAUUAAACUCUGUUUAUGUUAAUGUUUAAACUAACAUACUGUUAGACUGUGGCAUAUACCACACAAAUUUCUAGUUACUACGUACACAUUGGUUUUGUACUGUUAUACAAUAAAUCUUGGUUCCAGAAUUUGCAGUGAUUGCACGGCUUUGAAGUCUCAUGUGACUCCCUAGUGACGUAACUGAUGACGAAAUAGAAUUUAAAAAUUAAACGAGACUUACCUGUAAGUUGAAGUUUGAUUGUAAUUCUAUGAGUUAUCAGUAAGGAACUAGGGAAUCACCCACCCAACACACUAUGUGGCCAAACUAGAGCUGGCAAGCCCACCCUUGUUGGGUUCAAUCACUACUGCUUCAAAGGCUGAAUACUCGAUCUGCGCAUGCAUAUCUCAUGUGACUCCCUAGUCCCUUACUGAUAACUCAUAGAAUUACAAUCAAACUUCAACUUACAGGUAAGUUUCGUUUAAUUUUUAAAUUCUAUGGAGAGUUUUCUCAUUCUUUAUUGACAUGUUUUGAUGGAGUAUAUUCAUUGAUUACUUGGGUAUGGUAAAGUGUAAAAUUUCCUGUGAUUGCAAGGAAUUGGAGAAGGGGAAUUGUUCACAUGAGGUACUUGCUGGAUAAAUUUUACACGAAAUUUUGGUUGUUUGCAAUUUUCAUCCAACAUGCAAAGAUCUCCUUGUGACGUUGUUUCAACAUUGAAAUUGGGUAGAAAAGGGUUUUGAUGUCGACAACCUAAUCUCAAUGUCGUUUCAACGUCAAGAAAGUAUAGUGUCUAUCCAAUUUUGUCAAUCCUUUUUACACUGGCCUGUAUGCCUAGUGUCUUAAAUCCCUCUUUUUCUGUUUUUUCCUGCUUUUUUUUCAUAGUCGAGAAAUCGAGUUUGCGUUAGAUCAUCGCAGGCUCAGGGUGCAACAAUUAAGCCAAGUCUAAAGUUCAUCAAUGAGCGCGGGCGUCGGUCACCAACGAUGUUGAGUGGGUGGUCAUCCUCAUUGAUCUCAAAAAGCUGGCUGAUUGCUUGUAGGAGUGGGAUGAGCAAGAUUUCAAUUUUAAAAGACAUAUAUUUGGAAAAUCGUUUCAUACACAACAAGCUUGAAGCAAUUUUGUUUGAAGAAAUGAGAAAAAUUGAUUCACUAUGGGAAAUCGUGAAAUAUACGGCAAGUUUGCUUUGAAUAUUUAAUGUUUAGUAUGUUUACGAAUUUUGUUGCUUUAAACUUUUUACCUAAAAACAUGAACUGUUUUCCUUUUCAACGAAGGUCUAAGUUUCAUAAAUUAAGGUUUAAUUUGAGAGAAAAUCGUAAAAUGUAAAGGAGAACAAAUUGAUUUGAAGACUGAACUGAAAUUACCUAACAAUUUGUAUUAUUUUCAAUAUGAAUUAAUGUGUUUUUCUUUGUGUAACGACUCGAAAACCCUUAAGGUUUGACAGUUUGACUUUUUAAUUAACAAGUAUAAAUAUACGUUGUAGACUCAUAAACAUGCGUUGUGCACUUGUGUUCAUUUGCAUAAUUAUAGAUUUGCACUUAAUUACAUUAAUUUGCACCUAAUUACAUUAAUUUGAAUUUGCACCAAAUUACUUUCAUUUCAUCAUAUAUUACUAUAAAAAUGUAUUUUUUCGAUUGUAUUCAGCGAGGUGGCGUUGCGUGCGGCGAAGUGAAACGUGGCAUGGUUCGAUUUUGGAACAAGAUCCAACUCCCCCCCCCCCCCCCACUUUUCUCAAAUUGUUUAUUAGAUGUUUACUGGUUGGGAUUAGAGAGGGGCUUGGGAUUGCGAUCAGUUUAUCUUAUAAAUGGAAGCAAAUUGGCGUAUUUUUUAGAAGAAUCGUCUAUGGCUAUGAACUUUUUAGCACCUGAAACGAGCCAGAUAAUGGCAUUAAAAAUCAAGGACUAGUAUAACUUCUUCGCUAUUAUUGGCCCAUCAUUAUUUACGGUUGAUAGUUGUGAUCAUAGUUACAGUGGGCCUGACUUGUCAAGUUGAGUUGUCCGUAGCUGGAGGGUACGCCUGAUCCGGCGUCUUGGUAUAUUAUGGUUCAUAGUUGCUGAUCAUGAUUGUAUUUAUUGGUUGUAUUACACCCUACCACGAAACUUGCCAUUUUCAGGCCAGUGGGAACGCCUGAGCAGGCGUCUUGUUCAACAUCAAUCUAAAAUCUGGGAGGUAAUGUAUGUCCAACGUUGAUGCAAUGCUGAAUCAACGUCGUUUUGUAUGAGGCGCGGAAUCGGACAUUAUUCUGAACUUAUUAUAUAACAUGCUAAAUUCAAAAUACAUAUGGCAUAUUUUACAUACACAGUGAUAAUUUUCAAAAACUUGUGCUAAACUUAUAAAGGCCAUUCUAAACAUCAUCAUAUACAUCCAGAACUUCUUGCAUCGUGUUGUCAAAUUAUAUAACUUAUUCUAAACUUUUAAAUAACAUGCCAGAAUUUUUUAUAACAUGCCAAACUUUAAUUGUGCCGCGACCCAUUUUACAUCGUAUUCCAAAUUUUUAUGUGACAUGCUAAACUUUUAUGAUAUGCUGAAAGCACUUUUAUAUCGUGUUGCAUAAUGCAUUGCGGUCGCGUGCCUGCACAACCCGACAAAUCACAGCCUGUGCCUGAGCUGAAAAUCGGCAAAUAACUAAAUAAGUGGAAACCUUCGAACUGCGCUUUGUAAAUUGUAAAUUGUAUUAAAUAUUGCUCAUGAAGCUAGGAACUUAUUGGACAAUUUCGACGAUCGAAAUAGUUUGGCAAUCUAGAGGCAGUUGAUGCAAUCGACAUCAACAACAACUCAACCUGCUCCAGAAGGCGACAAAGAAAGAAGUGUGACGGUCGUAGGCCAAUAAGUACAAAUGCGAGUAAUAUAAGGCCAUUCCAUUUAAUAUCCACACCCCCCUGUUGACGAGAUUUUUCGAAGGGAGUCUGAAAUUCUGAAUUUCUGAGGGGGCGCUAAGUAGAAUUUCCGAGGGGGUUAUAAAAGGACAAUUUCUGAACGGGUCAACUUUUUUAUAAUUUUCAAGGGGGGAGGGGGGAGAGGAAGAUACUACCUGUUGACGAUAAUUUCCAAGGGGUGGUCAAUAAAUUUCCGAAAAUUUCUGACGGGGGUGAAUAAAUCAGUCGAAAAUUUCCGAGGGGUCUAUCGUAAUUGAACCACGUCAACAAGUAUUUCCGAGUACCCUGGAUUCCAGAGCCUUCAGUAAAUAAUAAAUUGAAACGUCGUGAAGGCUCCGGUUCAACGGGAGGAUUCUUUGAUUAAACCGCGCCAAUCACAAAACAGAAUUAGUGGUUUUAGUACAGAUACUGUACAGAUCAAAGGUACAGAUUCUGUACCAAAACCACUAAUUCUGUUUUGUGAUUGGCGCGGUUUAAUCAAAUUAAGAAUCCUUCCGUUCAACCAGAGCCUUCACGACGUUUCAAUUUAUUAUUUACUGAAGGCUCUGGAAUCCAGGGUAAUUUCCGAGGGGCUUGAGAAAAAUCGUAAAUUUCCGAGGGGGUUCUACAAAAAACAGCGAAUUUCUGAGGAUGUCUCCCGAAAAAUCGUUUCCGAAAGUGUCUAAAAUCAGUAACCUAUAGUCAACAGGGGUGUGUGGAUAUUAAAUGGCCUUAUAUUACUCGCAUUUGUACUUAUGGGCCUACGACCGUCACACUUCUUUCUCUGUCGCCUUCUGGAGCAGGUUGCGUUGUUGUUGAUGUCGAUUGCAUCAACUGCCUCUAGAUUGCCAAACUAUUUCGAUCGUCGAAAUUGUCCAAUAAGUUCCUAGCUUCGUGAGCAAUAUUACAAUUUACAAAGCGCAGUUCGAAGGUUUCCACUUAUUUGCCGAUUUUCAGCUCAGGCACAGGCUAUGAUUUGUCGGGUUGUGCAGGCACGCGACCGCAAUGCAUUAUGCAACACGAUAUAAAAGUGCUUUCAGCAUAUCAUAAAAGUUUAGCAUGUCUCAUAAAAAUUUGGAAUACGAUGUAAAAUGGGUCGCGGCAAAAUUAAAGUUUGGCAUGUUAUAAAAAACUUUGGCAUGUUAUUUAAAAGUUUAGAAUAAGUUAUAUAAUUUGACAACACGAUGCAAGAAGUUCUGAAUGUAUAUGAUGAUGUUUAGAAUGGCCUUUAUAAGUUUAGCACAAGUUUUUGAAAAUUAUCACUGUGUAUGUAAAAUAUGCCAUAUGUAUUUUGAAUUUAGCAUGUUAUAUAAUAAGUUCAGAAUAAUGUCCAAUUCCGCGCCUCAUAGUAUUGCACUGCGAACUUUGUAUGUUUGAAGUUGCUACCCAAAAUCAAAUUGACAGUUUUGGUGGGUAUGUGCAGAGGAUCAAAAAUUGUAUUCUGUGAUGUUUUCAUGAAUUUCUACAUGAUUAUUUCAGUAGAAUCGUGCCAUAAAGUAUAUGUGCCAGAGUUAUAGUGCAUGGGUUUAUAUAAAAACGCCAAUUUGUUAUUUUAUGUGGCAACUUGAAUAUGGAUGUGGCUCCAUGUUUAAUGUUUGUAUCUAUUGAAUGCUAUAUGUAGGGCAUGAAAUUUACGUUUUAGCUCUGGAUAGCUCUAAUAGUUUUGUUUUUCUCACUUUUGUGCUCUGAAAAGAUUUCUGUGCACUUUGCGUUUCACCUUAAAGCCGGUUUUCCACUAGGCGGAAUUUUCCACGCGAAGUGGAAUUUUUCUUUGUCUUGUUAUUUCUCGGAUGGAACUAAUUAGAAAAGACGAAGAAAAAUUUCGCUCCGCGCGCAAAAUUCCGCCUAGUGGAAACUGAAACUCUUCACAUAUUUUAGCAUAUGAUACUAAAAUAUUUAAAAAGGAAUUCAACAAAGCUUCUAUUUCACAAUUUGCAUCACAAAAGACAUGGAAUGCCCAUAGUUUGAACAAAUGAAUGAAUGAAUGAACAACUUUAUUUAAAGAGGGUAAAAACACAUGACAGCAAUAUAACUGAAAAACCUGUGGCCCUCAUAUACAAUACAUACAAAGUUAUUAAUUCUACUUUAAAACGUCUAAAAGCUAUUUAGAGUAAAUAUGUAAAAGAUCUUAGGAUUAUAAAUUUAUAUAUACAAAUUAUAUACAGUACAACUUGCUGAUCACAAUAAUAAUUCAAAGCGAUCGAUGCCCUUAGUUUAGGAUGUACAUACCCACAAACCCAGGCAAAUUCCUGAAUUUGCAGGUGCAUCACCCUCAAAUAGCAAAAUUUUGCAAAUAUUUAAUUAAUUUAACAAUGUAAAUAAAUUUCCCUCAAGGCAGACAAAUUUGUGGAAUUUUUCAAACUGUUGCCUCUCGAACACUGGCAUGAUAUUGUGAAAUUUAUAUCUUAUUAAAAUUAAACAUAAAAUCUAGUAUCUUGUGGAUAUCAGGAUACCGCCAAUUCUGUUCCCUCAGAUAUGCAUAUCAAUUAACAGCAUAACCUGUAGAAUAUCAAGUUUACACAUUUCUUCCAUUGUAACAAACAUAGAAUUCCGUAUAAAUGGAGGUCCAACCCCUCUUCCCCCCUCCCCUUUCUUCAAGAGCAAUUUUGUAGUUCUUUCAAAACUGAGCAGAAACUGGGAGGUGUAACCUGUUGUCAGCUGUGACAUAAAAUAUACCAAAUCUAUGUCUUGCAGAUUUUCUUAAAAUGAAAUAGAAAAAAAUGCCCCUGGCUGGCUAGACGAUUACAGCCCUCAGCCCCCACUCACUUGGGACUAUAUGCACUUGUUGGUGUACUGUAUAUAGUCAAAUCUGUAUUUUGUUAACCUAGAGUUUAAAAUCAAUGUGCACAGUAACAAUGCUUGGCUGCCAACUGUCAUCCUUGUUUGAACGGGGAUAACUGUAUUUCCAGCUUAGUGUUAAUAUGGAAGCAUUGAUUUUAUGACCAUGCAAGGCAGAAAGAUCUGCAGAAACAAAAGUGUGACAAUAUAUUAGCCACCCUAAUAAUCUGCAAGGUGUCUGCCGUAUUAUAAUUUUACACUAUCAAUCUGUAUGUAUAGUGAUAAGCCAUUAAUGCAUAUAGGUUCAGAGGUUUUAAUUCACGACGGCUGAACGCGAGCACCACCUGAGUGCAGGCUACAGCUUCAGCGAAACAGGAAACCUGCAGGGUAUAAAUAUAUGAUCACAGGGAAAAAAUUAAAAUACUAUUUUAGGGGUUGAAAUGAGCGGGCUUCAGAUUGCCAGUUGCGGCCAAAUUGUUCAUCUGGCGACCAGAUAUUUCCCAAAGGUAGUCCUUGUGGCGACAGAGAAAAAAACUUAAAAUAAUAAAGUAAUUCUAAAGCCUUAAACUCAGUGACCAUGCAUUCUGUUUUUGCAUAAAAUUUGCCAACACAUUAAACCACUGAUAUUAAAUUUGGCAGCCGCCAGCAAUUAUUUUGAAAGCCCUAGACAACGUCAAGCCCUCUUUAACCCUGUUAUUUAGUAAUAGAAUGUGAUAUAUUUAAUAUUGUUUCUUUUUUUAUCCAGAAAUUUGGACUCGCCGUACAGUGAAGACAUAACUGUUGGUCCCAGUGAAGAAGCUGAAACUUAUCAUAAAGGUGGCGAUCAUGAUGGCAAUCAGCGGGAGUUAAGUAGUAGUAGGAGUAGUGGUAAAGGGGCGGGAAAGAGAAGGAUGGUACCUCAGGGGAAUGGUGGGGUAAGUAGAAAAAAAAGUAGGUUGGGUAGGGUAGGUGUUGGCAGGGUAACCAUGGUUACCAAAGGUUAUGAUAACGUAGAUAUUCCUCAUGAACUCCCACCAUUUACACCAAGCCGCCCAACUGGUAUUCAUCUUGAAAACCACUUGGAGGAUGGUAUGGCAACAGAAUUAGAUUUCUUUAAUCUCUUUUUUACCAAAGAUAUGAUAGAUUCUAUAGUCACUCACACCAAUGCAUGUGCAUAUAUUAAACUGGCUGAGGGAGGUUAUUUGACAUAUGCCAACGGUCAGGGUGCUUGGGAUGAAACCAAUGCUGAGGAAAUACGUUGUUUUAUUGCACUACUUAUUUACUUUGGUUUGGUUAAACUAGAUGUUGUAGAAAAGUAUUGGAGCACCAAAAGUCUAUAUCAUGGGCUUUGGGCAAGAAAGAUUCUCUCCCGUCAAAGGUUUAAAGCUCUUAUGACAUUUUUGCACAUUGCGGACCCUGCUAGCGAGAAUCCUGAAGAUACAGUGUGUAAUAUUGAAUCUUUUGUGAAAUUGUUCAAGAACCAAUGCAAAUCGUUGUAUCAACCAACACAAAAUAUGACAGUGGAAGAACGUAUGGUGGGUUCCGGGGAUAAGCCUGGUAUUUAUAGGCGAUACAGAAGAGCUGAUACCACAACUAGAUCUGGCAUAAAACUCUGGGUAUUAGGGGAUACUUCGAAUGGUUUCAUAGUUGAUUUUAACAUUUACAUAGGUAAAUCUGCAUAUGGUGAGGUGAGUGAGAAUGGUUUAGGAUAUGAUCUAGUUAUGAAGUUAGCAACACCAUAUCUCAAUCAGGGAUAUCAUUUGUAUCUUCAAAAAUGUUUUACUUCCUUUAAAUUGGUAAGUGAUCUAUUCUCAAAUGGUACACCAUCAACAGGUGUGGUAAGUGUUGGCAAGGUUGGAUUCCCUACCUCUUUGAGCGAUGUGAAAGAGUGGGCGAGGACUGUGGAAUUUGGUGACAUGAGAUGGGAGCGUCUAUCAAAUAUUUUGACGUUGCAGUGGCUGGACCAUCAACCUAUCUCAAUACUCACUACUAUUGAUAGUGCAAAUGAGGUGGCACUUCUACACAGGAAAGUUAAGAGAGAUAACAAGUUAGAAAAAAUUGAUGUGAAUGUGCCCAAAGUUAUUCAAAAAUAUAAUCAGUGUAUUAAUAAAGUUCAUAGAUAUGAUCACACUGUUAUGUCUAAUAACGUGUUACAGAAGUGUUAUAAGUGGUGGAAAACUUUGUUGUUCCAUUUAAUUGAUAUGUCAGUUAUUAACAGUUUUAUUCUUUUCCAGGAACAGCGAAGAAAUAAUCCUGAUAAUAAUGGUCUGGAACGUGGGGAGAAGUAUUAUAGCAUAGUUGAGUUUAGAGAGGCGCUAGUGAGGCAAAUUUGUGGUUUAGCAGAUUAUGAUGUGCCUCCAUCCUAUGUGAGUGUAAAAGCUGUUCACGAGUAUGAAACUAUCCAUAUUCCGAAGGUAGCAAAUGUCAGAAGAGUUUGUAGGCUAUGUUACAAGGCAGGGCGGGGACAGUUAAAGGUUUCAACUUAUUGCUCAGCGCCACAAUGUCAGAAUUUUCUGCACAUUCAAUCCGACAAGAAUUGUUUUGAGGUAUGGCAUACAAAGGAGUAUCAUCAGCAGUGA